GGCCGCACCAGCAGGAACCACACCCUUUCGUCUCUCUUCGUUUUGUUCAGCCAUAUGUCCCGCCGCCCGAUAAUCUUCGUCACCCGCGAGCUGCCCAGCCUGGCGCAGAGGCGCCUCGAGUCGCUGGCAUCGGUGGAGAUCCGGCAGCACAACAGCAACACGGCCAUCACGCGGCCCCAGCUGCUCGCAGGCAUCAAGGACGCGGACGGGCUCAUCUGCCUGCUCUCCGAGAAGAUCGACUCGGAGCUGCUCCGCCACGCCAGCCCCAACCUCAAGGUAAUCUCGACGGUCAGCGUCGGCUACGACCACUCGCACGGCCUGAAGCUCGGCUACACGCCCGACGUCCUGACAGAUGCGACUGCCGACACCACCGUGCUACUGGCAUUGAUGGCAUCGCGCAAGGCCAAGCAGGGCCUGGAGUCAGUGCAUAGCGGAACGUGGGGCGCGUUCUCGUUGUCGCGCGGGCUGGGCACGCAGUUUACCGACAAGACACUGGGGAUUGUGGGCUUUGGAAGGAUUGGCGUGGCGACGGCCCACCGCCUGAUGCCGUUCGGAUUCAAGAGGGUUCUGUAUUCGGCGAGCAGGCCGCAUGAGGAGCGCGCGAGGCCGUUGAAUGCGCAGUUUGCGGAGCUGGAUGAGCUUUUGGCGCAGGCGGAUUUGGUGUGCGUGUGCUGUCCGCUGAAUGCAAAGACACAGGGGCUGUUCAGUAUGGACAAGUUCCGGAUUAUGAAGCAGUCGGCGAUCUUGGUCAAUACUGCGCGCGGCGCCAUCAUCAACCAGGAGGAUCUUUUGAAGGCGCUGGAUCAGGGCCUGCUGGCGCAUGCGGCAUUGGAUGUCACGGUGCCGGAGCCGAUCCCCAAGGACCACCCGCUGGUGAACCACGAGAGGUGCACGAUUCUGCCGCACAUUGGCAGUGCCACCGAGGAGACGCGCAAUGCCAUGGGCAACCUUGCCAUCGACAAUGCGCUAGCAGGCGUGUUUGGCGAGCCGCUGAAGGCCCAGGUGGAGCUGUAG